AUGCAUUCCCAACGGCCUUUAUCUUAUGCUCCAACUCCCUACAGCUAUACUCCCAACCCGGCUCUGUCGGCUACAAUCAAUCUCGAUGAAGAAGUGAAGCUUGCAUCAAGCUCCACUGAGCGCGAUCUGUAUGAAUCACUUGCCGAAAUUUAUAGCAUCAUCGUCACUUUAGACGGGCUGGAAAAGGCCUACAUCCGCGACGCUAUAACCGAGUCCGAGUAUACAGAAACAUGUGCCCGUCUACUGAAGCAAUACAAAUCAACCCUUGGCGACGAUACAGUUGCGAGAGAAUUUGUGGACCUGGAAACAUUCAAGCGCACAUGGCAAUUGGAAUGUCCCCGAGCUACAGAACGUCUGCGCAUUGGUUUACCCGCCACGGUCGAACAAGCAUCCCACGGCGCGCACACUCCGAGCAGUGGCGUGCCUACCAGUGCUACAGUCGGCGCGGGAGCUUCCGGCAGUCUUAUUCUCACUGCAACGGAAAACUUUAUCACGUUUUUAGAUGCACUUAAGCUCAACAUGGUUUCCAAAGAUGCGCUGCAUCCGCUCCUUUCCGAAGUCAUCCAAUCAGUCAACAAAGUCACAGAUCGAGAUUUCGAAUCGCGCGGCAAGAUCAUACAAUGGCUGAUUACACUCAACCAAAUGCGCGCAACUGAGGAACUAAGCGAUGAUCAAGCUCGGGAGCUGUCAUUUGAUAUCGAGCAGGCGUAUCAGGGGUUUAAAGCGACGCUCAACUGA